GCAGAGGGUGAGGAGAGGAGUGAGUUGGCUGUUGGAGACCAGACCAGGGGUCAGGAGGGGCUGUCAAAGGAUGCUGGAGUUCUGAAUGAUGGCCCCGAUGCUGGGGAAGUGCCACGUGCACUCCCAGGAGCUGCACAUUUGACCUCACCGCCUUUCAAUAAGGACAGCUGCACUGUGGUUGCUGAAGGCACUGAGAGCUCUAGAACUUCCUCCCUAAAACAAUCAGAGUCUGGCUUCACCCCAAGGGUCUACGUGUGGUCUUUGGGAAGCGCCAACCCCGGUCUGGACACAGGGAGUCCGGUAGAGAGUGGGGCUUUCGGGAACCGGGGGUUGAAUAAUGUCAUGGGUGUAUUUUCGGCCAAUCAGGGCACAGCAGAAAGCUCCUUGGUAGCGGCCAAAAAGAAAAAAAGGUUGUCAGAGAGAUCCACAAAGAGAUGGACUCUAAACAUCAUGGAUCGAUGGAGGGAGAGCCGUGGGAGUUUGGGAAAAAGAGAAAAAAAGGACAAAGGAAUAACAGAAGGAAAAAUACAUCAAUUAGUUGCAGAGGCUGACAUCACAGAAUUGUCCAAUGACAAGGGAGCUCAGUUAUCCCAGGGGCCUAUCAGAGAGGUCCAAGGUGAAGCUCCACCUAUUGGUUCAGAGAGAGGGAUCACAGAGGGUCACGUAAGACCCUCCAGUGAUUCUGACUUUGGCCUGGGCUCAUUCAGCCUGCUGGACGAGAUCCUCACAGGACAGGAGUGGGCCCAGUUCCUCAGUCCCACCCAGACAGAUGUCCCAACCUAUCAAAGACUCAGUGAGUUUGAAUCUCACCGACUAGGGACCAACCAGAUCAUUCAAAGCCAGGAUACUGACCAAUCAAGUUUGAACCUGAGCAGAGAGAGCAAACCAGGAACUGUAAACCCCCAGGGGAACUUGGGGCCGAUGGACCAGGUUCCCAACAGAGACACAGCACACAUGUCGACUGAUGUCAGUAUGGACAUUUCAGAACCAAGCCAAAUCUUUAAACAGCACGGUGAAGUUGAAGUCAUCCAAUCAGAACCAAUGGAACACAGCGAUGUCCAAUCGCAACUCAGCCGUGACGAGAUGAGAACCAAUCCAGUCCUUCGGAUGGAUUUGUUUGUUAACAAGCCAGGGGGCGAUCCACACAUCUCUUCACAGAGUAACCAAAUCCCCCCGAACAGGAAGAGAGUGUACCACUCGCAGGAAAGGGUAGCCGAGAGGGAAGGAAAGAAGGAGGAACAGCGAGACAGUGGGAGAGAGGACAGGAACGGAGAGAGCGUGAAAGAGGGCACGACAAGCCAAGCUCAGCAGGAAGAAGGAUCGCGGGACGACCAAAGUGUCAUCAUGCCCCUUUAUCCCCUGAGUCCUCCCUCUCUCUCUCCUUCCUCCUCCUCCCCCUCUCCUGCUCGGCGGUACCGCAGCAUACUGAAACACUCGGGGUCUCACGACUCCAUGGAAACGGUGACCAAAAAGAGACGAUUAGACGAUAUACUUCGUGUGAGGUUCGCAGAGGAGGUGGUCGUCAUAGAACCCAGAGAACUCGUUCUGGAAGACCACGACCCGGAUGAGGAAGAAGAGAGCGCCUGGACACAGGAUGAGGAGUCAGACGAUGAAGAAGAGGAGGAUUCUGGGAUGCAAGAGGAACAGGAAGUUGUACCUGUGCCCGUGCCCGUGGCCCGCCCCUCUCUGUCAGCCUGGGUGUCAGCUCUGAAAAGAAAAAAGUCUGGAAGAAAACCUAAACAAUGACUUGCACCGCAUUCACACACACGCACAGACAUGAACAUGUUUGUCUUUUACAACUUUUCGAUACAAAAUCUGCAGCUUGUCCCUUUGUACCAGUUAACUGCACUGAGAAAAUGAUGUCCAGACAACUUUGAUUAAUAUGAUAAUAAAGUAAAACUCAUUGGCCUUGUCAAUCAUAUGCUGAAAAUGAGGGCUAGAUCCUGAUGUGUGUUAGUGUGUGUAUGUCUGUGGGCAUGUUGCUUGCAUCCAGAAGGGUGUGUGUGAAUAUGUGACAGUAUGAUGUGGCACAUUCUUAAAACAUUUAUCAUAUUCAACCGAAGGCCUUAGCUCAGGUUUUGCCUUAAAUAAAUUUGCCAUAAAUCUCACCUGCUGGUGCUCUGCAGGUGUCAUACUAAGAACUGAAGUGUCGAAAUCCGCAGGUACAGUACACAGUGUUAUUCUUACUGGCACACAACCACCUCACCCCUUUAUUCAGGUUUAUCUCUGGAAGUCAGCGCUUCUAGAAUCUACACCUUGUAUCAUGUGCUCCAUUUUGAGGAGGACGUCACUCACUAUUUCUGAUUUAUGGUUAUGUGGAAAUGACAAUACAAUUGCAGCCAGUCAUUUGUCGAGCACUUGGACACACCCUGACGAUGGCCCUGCCCUCCUGAAAUGCGUCUAGCAGUUUUGAAGAACAGGAGAAAGAAAAGGUGGAUACCAACUAGAAACAUUCCUGAUGGAAAUCUUAUCUGGUCAAAAAUAUGACUUUUAUGUUCUAUUUUCUAUCUAGACAAGUUGGCAUUUUAGGGUUAUGCUUCUUUAAAGAUUGUUUAUAUGUUUUUGUUUGAACAACACAAGGAGAUCAAAUCAUUGAGAAACAUGAACAUACUGAUAUUGCUUUUCUUAAAU